AUGAGAAACCAAACCCAGGUGCCAGAGUUCGUUCUGUGGGGACUCACCAGAAUCCCUGAGCUGCAACAACUCCUCUUCUGGGUGCUUUUCUUAGCCUACAUGUUGACUUUAAUGGGGAACAUCCUCAUCAUCAUCAUCACCUGCACUGACUACCACCUCCACAGCCCUAUGUACUUCUUCCUCCGGAACUUGUCCUUCUCAGAGAUCUGCUUAACCACAGUUGUCGUCCCCAGGUUGCUGACAGACCUUAGGACAGAGAGGAGAACAAUAUCUUUUGCUGCUUGCCUCUCACAGUAUUUUUUCCACUUCUUAUUUGGGGGUACAGAAAUUUUCCUGCUGACAGCCAUGUCAUUUGACCGCUAUGUGGCCAUAUGCUGCCCCCUUCUGUAUACGUCCAUCAUGAGCCAAAGGCUGUGCUUCCUGCUGGUUAUUUUCUCCUGGCUGGGAGGUCUUCUCCUCAUCCUUACACCUAUUUUCCUGACCAGCCAGCUCUCAUUCUGCAAAUCCAACGUAAUCAAUCACUUCUUCUGUGACUAUACCUCCCUGAUGCAGAUCUCCUGCGGGGACAAGAAUCUCCUGGAGCUUAUCCAUUUCCUGCUGGCUUUCUUCAUCCUGUUCAGCACCUUAUUGCUAAUAUUAGUGUCCUAUGCCUACAUCCUCAUCACCAUUAUGCAGAUCCCCUCUGCCAAAGGGCGCCAACGGGCUUUCUCCACCUGCUCCUCCCAUCUCAUUGUCAUCUCCAUCUGCUUUGGCAGCUGCAUUCUCAUGUAUGUCAGGCCCAUUCAGGACGAAGACCUGGACCUGAACAAAGGCCUCGCCAUCAUCAACACUGUGCUUGUCCCCUUGCUGAACCCUUUUAUUUACACACUACGGAACCAGCAGGUGAAGGAAGCGCUGAGAGAAGUGGCAAGAAAGACAUUUUCUCCCAAGGAUGUGAGAGUGUCCAUGCAGUGCAGAAAUAACAAUUAA